UUCCUGUGUGAAAGGUCGCAAAGAAGAUGGCGCCGUCCAAGAAGAAACAUGCCAGUCAGGCUUGUGUUAUUCCAGGAGGUUUUACAGUGCUUUCUCUACAGUUCAGUACUGACAGUGUUGCCCAGCACAAAAUAUGUGUAAAAGAGCAUCGGGUGCGAGCAGAGAAAACCACACAAAGACCCCUCGACAGAACACUGUUUGUCCUUAACAUUCCCCCAUAUUGCUCUGAGGGUGUCAUAAAGGAGCUCUUCUCUCAGUUUGGUCCUGUUCAGUCUGUGGAGCUGAGGGAGAAGCCAGGGUCCUUUGAGCACUCAGGACCCAAGCUGGGCAAGUAUUUCACCCCAGCACAAAAACAGGGGUUCAGAGUGGGUUACAUCGUGUUUCAGAAGGCCAUCAGUAUUACAGCAGUGAAGUCCCAUCCCCAUGAUGUCCCAUUGGUUGUUUCCACAGAGCAGCGACCUGUGUUGACAGGUCUUCAGAAAUGGAUUCAUCAGUACAAGCAGUCAUUUGCUCAGCCAGACAAACUACAGGAGGCAGUUGACACCUUCAUGCAGGAUUAUGAUAAGAGAAAAGAAGAGGAGGCAGAGCGACAAAAGGAGGAGGCUGAGGAGCAGCUGGAGGAUGAGGAGGGCUGGGUAAAAGUUACCAGGGGUAAAAGCGGGACCAAGACCCGCCCCCACAGUGAGCUAUCCAAUAAGAAAGCUCUGCAGAAGGAGAGCAGAAAGAGGAAGCGAAAGGAGCUCAUGAACUUCUAUACCUGGCAGCACAGGAACACACAGAAAGAACACAUUGCUGAACUGAGGAAAAAGUUUGAGGAGGACAAACAGCGAAUUGCUUUGCUAAGAGCACAGAGGAAGUUCCGACCUUACUGAAUCAAGUUUCUGAGAUUCUCCCCACCUUCCUGGUUUUUAAACCACACCAUUGAUGUCAAUAAAUAAGUGUAUUCUGUUUGUAUAGUUCUUGUUUGUCACUGAUACAGUAAUUUAUGGAGUCUUCAAGUUUGAUUCAAAAUUUGUGAAUCAAUACCUUAGGAUCACUUCACAUUUUCCAAUAGACACCCUUGUAUUCUGCCAUUUCUGGGGCUGUAGGAUAGGAGGCUUUAAUAUCUGAUAUUUUACGUUCAGGUGCAGCGCUAUGCAGCCAGUUUGCCUUGGUCACGUAAACUGAGUAUGUGAUGCAUUGGAAUGCACAUGGCCAGUGAAGGUAUUUAAUGGUAGUUGAAAUAAAUACCAAUUGUAAAUAA